UAAAUUCCAUCUCACUCAAAUAUCAAAAUUUUAUUAUCAUCAUUGUUGUUGUUAUUAGUUUAUUGAGGGGUUUGGAUACUUUUGCUUUUAUUUUUGGUAAUCUAAAGCUGUUUGUUUACCAAAAACCUACAAGCAUUUUGGUUUGAUAUGGAUUUGGGGUUAAAGAACAAGAAAAGGAGUUUAUUAUCAUUAUUAUCUAGUAAUGAUAAUAAUGAUGAUAACAAUUGUGAACCAAAUAAUAAAAAGAGCAAGAAAGAAUAUGAGAGCAAGUAUUAUGGAGAUGGAAUGGUGUGGUCUAGAGGUUGUUUGAUAGGAAAAGGAUGUUUUGGUUCUGUUUUUCUUGCAAAUUUAAAGAAGCCCAAAUCAAGGUACACAUCAUAUCCACCAAUUAUGGCUGUUAAAUCUGCUGAAGUCUCGGUUUCGGGCUCCAUUCAGAAAGAAAAAGAGGUUCUGAAUAACAUUGUUGGGUGUAGGAAUGUGAUCAGAUGUUUUGGGGAAGAGAUUACCAACGGCGAAAAUGGUCAGAUGGUUUAUAACUUGUUGUUAGAGUAUGGUUCUGGUGGAACCCUAGCUGAUUUUAUUUUCAGGCAAUCUGGCACCGGAUUGCCUGAAUUAGAUGUUAAACGUCAUAGUAAGGAAAUUCUUUGUGGAUUGAGGCAUAUACAUAAUUGUGGGUAUGUUCAUUGUGAUUUAAAACCUGAAAAUAUUUUGCUUGUUGGGAAUAAUUCGGUUGAUAAUAAGUUGUUUGCUAAAAUAUGUGAUUUGGGGUUAGCGAAAAGGGCUGAACAGAUCAAGAAAAGUAACAAGAUGGUGCAAUUUUGGAGAGGGACACCAAUGUAUUUUUCACCUGAAGUUGUGAUGGAUGGUGUUCAAGAAGCUCCUUCUGAUAUUUGGGCAUUUGGGUGUAUUGUGCUCGAGAUGUUAACCGGGAAGCCUCCCUGGGAUUCUAAGUUGGAUACGAAUGGUGACGAGGUUUUAGCCUGUAUUGGUGAAAGUAAUGAAGUGCCUGAUAUUCCAAGUACGGUUUCAAAAGAAGCAAAGAGUUUUUUAAAGGGUUGUUUCUCUAGGAAGCCUAUGUAUAGAUGGACGGCCGAGAUGCUGUUAGCCCAUCCCUUCUUAGAAGGGAUUGGUGAUUAUGAUGAAUAUGAUAACAGAGUCGAAGACUUGGGUGAUCUUUUUGAUAUAAACGCCAUCACCUCUUCGAUUCUCUUCGAUAAUGACGAUGAUGAUGAGACUAGUUUCUCUUUGUUUUCGGAUGAUUUAAGUUAUUUAUCUGAAAACGAGCUCGAUUUUUGGAUAGAAGAAGAUGUUGAUGCGAUUGAAAACGAUAUAAGUUCUUGUUUAUCUGUAGAAAAAAGAAGUAGCGCCGCAGCAUUAAAUGAAGUACAUCAAUAUCCUGUUUCCUUUACCAUUACUUCAGGAGUCUAGCUAGGCAGAUAUAUGUUUGUAACAUUUUAAUUAGUAAGUGCAUCAUAGUAUUUUUGUUCUAUAGUCAUAUUUGAUUUUUACACUAA